UGACGUCUCAGUGUUUAAUGUUCAGGUACUUGUAGGACAAUAUAGGUAAAAUUCAUUCAUCGCUUAAAGUACGUUUAGAAUGUCUAAAAAUUACAACUUUAUAUAAGAAGAAGCCUGUUUGGUAUAAUAUAAUAUACGUAUAGCCACAAUCUGUUAUUAAAAUGAAAGCGAAAGUGUUUUGCGUUACGUCAGCAAGGAAGUAAAAGUGGCGCUCUCUGUUUUAUUUUAGGCGCAGUCACAUCUAAGGAACUACAGUGUCUGAACGGAGCAUCCAGAAGUUACUGGCUUCUUAAAUUGCUGCGCAAUUGCAAAAAUGCCGUUGGAAUUCAGUGGAUGGGAGGCAUAUUGUGAUAAAUCAAAGCACCUUGAACCAGGUCAAGAACCCAAGAAGAAUCAUGGCUACAUUAUGUACCACGGGACACUCAAAAGCAACGCCCCAGCUAUCAUAUCAACAGGAUUUCGUCCCUCUUCUGGGGGAACUCUGGGCCCUGGAGUCUACUGUAGUAGAGACAUCAACAAAGCAAUGGGUUACCCAGCAUGUGCUCCCAAUGACAGAGUUGUGUUAAAGCUGCGAGUGAGAGUCGGUAAAGUGAAGAAGAUUGACAGCCAAAGUCUUAACAUGAAGACCUCAUGGCAUCAGAAUGGGUAUGAUACGGCCUGGUUACCUGCCACUGGCUCUUUUGUGGCACUUGAGGAGGAUUGUGUUUGGGACCCAAGCAGAAUUACUGUGACUGGGAUAGCCCAUUGCACAGACGUCAGUACUAAGACUUCCCUGGAGAGUCUCAUAAAGCAGAAAAGCCAAUCGCAGGACCCGAAUGGGAAUGACGUGAAGCUGUGUAAGGGCUGUGGGAUGCAAACACAGGAUAAACACAAAAUGGAGAAAUGCUGGUCCUGUAAGGCAUCCAUUUGCCCGUUCAUGAAAAAACACGGUUGCCAAAGGAAAGGAAAGUAACUGUUGCUCAGAUUUCCAAACUAGUUAAUUGAUAGUUAUAUCUGUGAUGUGAUGCUGAGAAAUUAUUUUAGGAUAUUUUUAUUUAAAUCAGCAGUGCAGAAGUGUAUGUCAAAUAAAUUGUUGUCAAUAAAUUUGGACAUGAUCUUUUAAAAUGACUAUUUUCUUGGUGUUUGCACAUUAAAUAUUUUCUGUGGUGAACCUGUCUGUCAGAGGUUAGUGCGUGGAUGUCAAAGAAUUUUUUUAAACUAAAUGAGAAGAAGACUGAGGCAAUUGUCUUUGGACCAUUAGCUGGCUCAAAUGCUGGACAAUCUAUCCGAUUACAUUAAACCAUCUGUAGGAAAUCUAGGUUUCAUCAUUAAUUCUGCCCAUUUGACAACUUAGUAAAUGCAGUAGUUAAAUCUUGUUUUUUUAGUUGAGAUUAUUAGCCAAAGUGAAAGGCUUUUUUAACUCGUGCGGAAUUCGAGAGAUUAAUUCAUGCAUUUAUAUCAUCACGCUUGGACUACUGUAACUCAAUUUAUAUAGGUAUAGGCCAAUCAUAUAUAAAUUGCCUACAAGUGGUCCAAUAUGCAGUCGUUAGGCUUCUUACUGGCACCCGUAAAUCUGAACACAUUACCCCCAUUCUGUGCUCCCUAAAAUGGUUGCCGAUAUGUUUUAGAAUAAAAUUAGAAUAGAACAGAAUAGAACAUUUUACUUUUUAAGGUAUUGAUUGGUCAGGCACCACCUUAUCUAAUCGUAUUAAUUUAAUCUAAUCUAUCUAAUCUUAUUACUGUUAAAAUAUCUGUCAGAUAUUUAAGGUCGUCGAAGCAGAAAAAUUUUAAAGUACCCAGAUCCAAACUAAAGAAAAAAGAGACCUGGAUUUUUCUGUAGUAGGUCCUAAAAUGUGGAAUGGGGUACCUAUGUCUAUAAGAUCAAUUUCUAAUGAGUCCUUGUUCAAAGGGAAACCCAAACUACAUCUCUGAGAAUAAAAAAAGAGAAAAGCUUUUAAAUUGGGAUGAAAUUGAUCUUAUUGUGCCUGUCUUUGAUUCUGCUGUAUGCAUUCAAUGUUUUUGUGUGAUGUUGGUUGUACUGUGUGCUGUUUUAUAUGUUGUUGUCUAUUUUU